UCUAACACUUUGGGCUUGGCUUCACCGCUGCUAUUGCGGGCACAUACAGAGCCCGAGAAACGAGGUGUAGGACACAUUCAGGGACACAUUUUCGCCAGUUGCCCAAUUACUAUGUGCCUUCAGUUUUAAGUUGUUCAAUGCAAUAACUGCAACUAUUACACUAUGUCACGGCCGUGAAGUGGGCUUUCAAGUGAGGUUUCAACAUGCGGGUGCUCCGUCCUAUCCGUCUUAUUGCGCUGACGCGCUUGUAGGAAGGCGCGUGAGGCACUAUGAUUCACAGCGUGGCUGGCGUUAGCCAGGCCGAGCAAGUUUUGCAGCUGCGGAGGCUUGAAGUGGAAAGAGCCCGCGAAGAGCGUGAGAAGCUCGCUUUGCCGGCUGCAGCUUUAGCAAGGGAGCGGCGCGAGAGCAGUGAUGAAUGCGUGCUGGACCCCGGACUGGGCGGGCAUGGUCUGCCGGCAAGAAUGGGUUCGGUUGCCGCGCUCAGCCGACCCAGCCCGCCGGGGCGAACUCCCUCUCAAAUUGCAGCGAUUUCAGCUCUACCAGGCGUUGUGAAGGGGGAACUUGAACAGGCACAGCAGGCGCAGCAGGCGCUCGGCGGCACGCAGGACAACAUCGAGGGACUCACAAAAGCGACAGUCAGCGGGGCCGUGGACGUGCUGCUGCGCGCCACCAAAGACAAGUUCAACGGGACCGUGCGCAUACAGAAGCGCCUCGCUGACGAGGCGCUGCAGAACAUAACGGAGGGCGACUACCCGGCUCCUGCUCCGGAGCCCGGCGACGAUGCCGCCCGUCAGCGGGCUGCGGCGGCAGCAACGCAGCGGUCGUCGCAGGGGGGCCGGCACGCGGGCAGCGCGCUCCACUCGCUCGCGGCCUCUCCCGAGCAAAGCCAGUUAGACUUGUGGGAAUCUCUAUCUGCGGAGGUUGCCGGCGGCCCCGUCCCGCCGAUCACAAAGCAGGAUGAGGAGCGAGUGGAGAGCGUAUUCACGCACGACCUGUUUGAGGAGAACCCCACCUGGACCGCCUUCCUCGUCAGCCAGGUGGCUCGCAAGGAGGAGGUGUGGAGCCGGGGCCUGGCGGCCGCACGCAGCCCCCUGCAGCGGCUGUGGUACCACCCCCGCAGAAAGUGGGCCUACAUGACUCUGAGCUACCCGGACUUCUCGCGACUGGCCUUUGGCUGCGGCAUGUUCAUGCUGGCGGUCAUCCUGCUCAACACCGCCACCUUCUGCAUCGAGUCGGUGCCGGCGGUGGCCAGGCCGCCCACGCCGCUGUUCGAUGCGCUCACCAUCGUGGACUAUGUGUGUAUGGGUAUCUUCACGGCGGAGUACCUGGCGCGCCUGGCCACCUGCCCCUCGCUGCCGCGAUUCUUCGUGUCCUUCUCCAACGCCAUCGACCUCGUGGCAAUUGCGCCCUUUUACUUUGAGCUCAUCAUCAAGGGCACCAGCACUGAGGCCUUUCAGACGCGGGUGGUGCGGCUGCUGCGCAUACUGCGAGUGCUGCGCAUCGUCAAGUCCAUGCCCAGGCUUCGCCACCUGUCCAUCGUGGUGGAUACCAUCCAGGCCUCCGCCGACGUCAUCACCAUGCUGGCGGCGCUGCUGGUGAUCCUGCUGGUGCUGUUCGGCACGGUGUUUUACUUCGUGGAGCCCGACACCUUCGACUCCAUCCCCGAGGCCAUGUGGUACAGUCAGGUGACCCUGACCACCACCGGGUACGGCGACAUCUACCCCACCACAGCCCUGUGCAAGACCAUCGCCGGCGCCUCUAUGUUGUUAUGCAUGGUGAUUGUGUCCUUGCCCAUCGCUGUCAUUGGCGGCAACUUCUCAAGCAAGUGGGCCGAGUACAAGAGCUUCAAGCUGGCAGUGGACCGCAGUCGGGACGUGGUGCCCACACACCUGCAGCUGCGGGAGGCACUCACCAGCUACGAGGCAGUUCUGGACGAGGUGGUGAUGCGGGUGCAGUAUGAGGAGGAGCGCAUGGAGCGACAGCUGGCGGUCAUGCGGCAGGAAAUCGCGAACGGCAACGUAAUGCUGAGGCGCGACGGCUUCGCGGCGCCCACCAAGAAGCAAAAGGGCAUCUUUGGUCUGGUGAACGCGCUCAAAGUUGCCAACCAGAACGGCAGUUUCACAACCGCCGUAACCGCCCGCCGCGGCGCCGUACACCCCGGCUCCGCCGCCGCGCUGGCGUUAUCCAUGAGCGCGAACUCCGCCGCUAACCUGGACGGCGGCGCCGCCAGCGGCGGCGGCGGCGGCGGCAGCCCGCGCGCCGCCGGCGGCUUGCGCGGCAGCGGCGGCGGCGCCGCCGCCUUCUUGGACGGCGGCGGCGCCAGCCCUUCGGCUUCCAGGCCGGCGUUCGUAACGGCGCGCACGCCGAGCGCGCGGCGCGCCGCCGGCCUGGCGGCGGCGGCGUCGGGCGAGUACGGCUUGCCGCCACCGCUGGUGGCGGCGGCGGCGGAGGCGUUCGCCGCCGGCGACGCCGGCAACGCGCCGCGGGGGCCGCUGACGCCGCGGCUUCGUUUCCUGGUGGCGGCGGCGCGCGUUAUGGUGGAGGUGGUGCACGGCGGCAUGCUGCUGGAGCCGCCGCCGCCGACGGCGGCGGCGGCCAAGGCCGCGGCAAACGCCGCCGGCCUGGCGGCGGCGCCGCCGCCGCCAGUACCGGAGGCAGCGGCGGUGGCGCAAAGCAGCAUACAGAUGCAGCUUAGCGGCGCUGGCGGCUCGCCGCCGGUGACUGUGAAGGCGGCGGCGGCGGCGGGGGUGGCGGCGGCGGCUGCAGGGGCGGCGGGACCGGGGCGGCUGGGCAGGCCGCGCGAGGGCGCGUCACUGCUGCGGGAUGAGGACAGCUGCGGCGGCGCCAGCAGCGGCGGUGGCGCCAGGGGCAGCGGCAGCGGUGCGGAAGCGGCCGUGGCUCCGCCGCCUGUGGUCCGGUUCACGCCAGAACCACCGCCGCCGCCGCGCCCGCCGCCGGCGGCGCCGCCGCCGCCAGCGGUGCCGCCGCCGCCGGCCUUGCCGUUGGCCGGCAGUGGCGGCGUCAGCGCCCCUGACGACCGCUCGCCCGGGGUCGCAAUGGAGUUGUCGCUGUCGGUGGAGGGGGGGAGCAUCGGCGUCAGCGGCAGCGGCGCUGCAGCCGCCGCCCUGGCGCCGUCAAUGUCAUUGGACACGGCGGCGGCGGCGCAAGCCGCCGCCGCGACCGCCGCCGCUGGCGGCGCCAAGGCCUCCGCCACCGCUACCGCCACCUCUCAGACCAAUAGAGCGCUGCUGUCGCCGACACGCGACGCGCGCACCUCCUCCACAGCGCCCCUGGUGCUCAUGCCCACGUCCUCGGGCGCGGCCGAUGACCGCACCUCUAACCCCCAACCGCCGCAACCGCAGCAGUCGGGUAGCCCAAAGGCCUCGGAACCCGCCGCCGCCGCCGCUGGCGGCGCCGCCGCCAGUUUUGGCAUUGGCAUGACGGCGCUCAUCACCACCAAGAUCAGGAGCCUGAUUAGGCGCGGCGGCGCGGCGCUGGACGGGCGGUCUCAGGCGGAGCGAGGCCUGUCCGGGACCAAGAGCGUGGCGCAGGUGGACCCUGCGGUGGUGCGGGCGGCGGGCGAGGCAGCUAGCCGGGCCGCCGCCGCAGCUGUCGUGGCCAGGGACAUCAAGGUGGGACAGCUGACGCUGGCGGCGCUGGCGGAGCUGCUUCAGGCGGAUGAGGUGCCCAACAAGUUGGAGCGGCUGGACGAGCAGCACAAGCUGUUGCGCUGCUGGCAGGACGAGCUGGGAGGCAUGGCGGAGCACAUGAUCAAGGUGCGCGACGCCAUUGACGCGCUGGCCUGGGUGCUGGAGGAGGGGCGGGGGCGUGACGAGCAGACACCGGACCAGGGCCCCGACGAGCCGUCCUACCACUACACGCCCGCCUGCGCCCAGGCCCGUGCCGCGCUGGAUGAGAAGCUGCGCGCAGCUGCCGGCGGCCCCGGCCCCGGCGCCGGAGGCGGCGGCGGCGGCGGCGGCGGAAGCACCCGCAGCGGCAGCAAGGGGGGCAGCAAGGGGGGCAGCGCCGGAGGGGGUGGGGAUGUGGGUGGGGGUGUGGGUGUGGGGGCUGCGGGGGCGGGGGCUGCGGGAGCUGCCCAGAAGGUGGAGGUGUCCACGCUGAAGGUAACGCAGUCGGGCCGCAUACAGACAGCGCCGGCGGGCGGCGGCGGCGGCGGCGGCGGUCCGGGUGUCAGCCACAGCCACAGCCACGGGCCGAGCCGGCUCGGGAUGCCGGCGGCAGGCACCCGGGCGGGUGGUGCUGCCGCCGGGGCGGCAGCCGUGGUGACAGCGACAGCGGCGGCGGCCGCGCCGGUACCCAGCACCGCUAUGGCGAGGAGCUCGGUUGGAGGAGCAGCAGGCGCGGGGGUGCAGGAGGCUGUUACGGUGCCGGCGCGGGCACUGCCGCCGGUGCAGGUACCGGAGGCGCCGCUCUCGGCUGGCUACCAGCGCGGGCUGCAGGCGGCGGCGGUGGCGGCGCUGGGCUCGGAGGAGCAGGCGUAGGGAAGGAGUUUGCAGGAGCAGGAGCGCGGGGGGAAGCGCGGGGGGGGGGGUGCCGGGUUAGCUGAUAGAGGUUACAUGUGGGACGACAGCCGUGGACUAGCCAGGGCCCCAAAAACGUACGAGACACGCACGCUCACCCGAGGAGAGAUCCCCGAAUGACC